UGGAGACACUCAGACGUUCUAAGUCCGCUGACACUGCUCUUGUUGAGGACAGGAGCCGCCCUCCGUCUGUGAGAAGUGAGAAGCCUUUGUCAAAAGUCUGUUUGGCUAAAAGGUCUAAAGCCCUUGUGUCUUCGAGUGGCUCUUCAACAGACCACCAUGUAAUUGACACAUGCAGUGAGGAUGUCACUCUGCCCACCAGGAGUAUGUCAGUUGUGAGCAACAACAGUUUGAAGAGAGCCUCUCCUCUCCACGGCAGUGGAUUGAGUGAAAGUUGCAAACCUCUUGUGGCUCUAAAAGACGUAACAGUGGCAGUCAGCCAAGAAGGCUUUAGCAAAACUGCAAAGAAGACGCUUAGCUUGAUCCUAAAUGUGAUCAAGUGUAGAGUGGCCAACUCUGAGAGUUCAUCUGUUGGGCAGAUUGCAAGUGAGGAGUGUCUGAUAGCCACUAACAUGUUAGACUCUGUACUGGAGAGCCUUGACCAGUUGCCUGACAUGAGCGCUGCCGAUGAGAUCACAAGGACAGAAUCCCAUACCUCUAUCGCAAUGGACGAGACAGGUUCACGGUCAACGCUUGUGAGCCAACAAGAAAUAAACAUAUCUGACACCAAUAUCAUGGUGAAAACUAUAAUGGACACAUUGAAGACGGACGACCCAGAGAUGACUUCAGCAGAAGAACAUCUGGAUAGGCUCCUGUCAGUUGAAGCCCUUCAAGGUGCAUCUGGCAACCUGAUCGCAAAGGUCCAUGGUCUCAUUCAGGAGAUAACCAUAAACCGCCAGCUUCAAUCCAUGGUUGGCCACAGAAGCCUCUCUCAACCAGCGCUGCCUAAACCAGCCCUGAGGAAGCUGUCAAAGGACGAUGCCUCAGAGCUCAUUUACAACUUUGCCCAGACUUCUGUUAGGAGACUCCUGGGGCAGUGUAUGGGAAGGCCUAUGCCACCAUCGGCUGAAAUGGUUUUGGAUCAGGUCAUCAAGUUGAUGACAGACGUGGUGAUGGACAGCCUGACUUAUGUGUCCAAGUCUACAAUGGAGGAUGUUAUUGUACACAGGUCGGUCACACUAGCGUGCUCUUCUCACUCAGACACCAGCAAUGCCACAAGUGACAUCACUCAUGGUGUUGUAGCUGACCUUAAUGCUACUGAGGAAUUCCCUGCCAGGAGCCUUAGCCCGGCUGAUGUAAAGGCUGACGGCAUGGCCCGUCUUCCCUCUGCCAGAGGGGAAGAGACUAAGAAGAACAGGAAGUGGCGUUUCCUACCGAAAAUGCAUAAGUUUCCAAAGAUCAUGAUUAAGCUGUUCAAGACAAAAGGGGAACCGAAGAGAUACCCUGAACAGGAUGCACUGCCUACCAAACGUCUCAGAGAGACUCAUAUUUCACAGGAUGCUGAGUGUGAGGUUCCAGAGGUUCCAUCCACUCCCCCUCCCAAGGAGGACCUGACAACCACACCGGCCCCUGCUCCCCAGGAGUCCCAGUCCCGUAAACGCCCACUCAUAGUCAGGGUGUUACACGCUCUCUCCAGAGCCAUCUCCAAACCAUUCAGAGGAGCUUCUGGGAAGAAGAAUUAGCCAAAUGCCUGAUUUUAUUAAUAUGAUAUUUUAAUCAGAGCCUUUAUUUAAUAAAACAUUACUGCAUUGA